AUGCUAUCGCUCUACAGUCCAGCAUGGACUGAGCUUCCUGAGCUUCGAGCGAGCAAUGUCUCAGGCUAUCAAUUGUCUGCAUCAUCUCAACAAGCAAAAGUCCAUAACUCAUUCGACGAAAGAAUCAUGAGUGUCACGCAACAGCAAGUCCCAGCAUCUCGUACGCAAGCAGCGAAGAACGACGGCGAUGUUCUUUCCUCAGCCACGAACUCGAGUCUCGUCAGCGACAACAAUCCAUCUCUUUCCUCGCGAUGCAUGACUUUCCAAACUCGUAUCGACUCGUACACCAUCGAACUUGACCGUCUGGAAGCAAUGAAUAAAGCCAUCCACAAGAAAUACGACAAGCGCAAGCAAGAGCAACAACGCGACCGUCUAAUCGACAGCGCAUCUCCAGAGCCAGAUCGAGGAAGUGCGACUGUGCGCAAAGACAAACACAAGAUGGUCUUGAAGAAGUUGAGACAAAGAAGAAGACGACUGACUCGAGGUCUUGCGGUGAUGAAAGAGAAGAUGGAGAAGUUGAAGACAGAGAUCGAGAGUGUUUCUCAGGAAAUGAAUGUCGGUGAUCUGUGA